CAUGCGAGGUCGAGCCGCUCUGUCCCGAGGGGCUGAUGGCUCUAUCCGGGUCCGUCGGUUCUCUCUUGGCUGUCGAGGCGCUGCGGGAUGCGGGGCGCGGUUUCUGCGGCGGGUGUCUGCAGGGCUGAAGAAGGGAACGAAGCGCGCGCGCUCUCGGGCCUGGCGGGGCUCCGUGCCGUUGAAGGAGAUGAGUUGGUUCAACGCUUCGCAGCUCUCGAGCUUUGCCAAGCAGGCUUUGUCGCAAGCGCAGAAGUCGAUCGACCGAGUGUUGGACAUCCAGGCCGAGGAGGAAGAGGAGGGCGAGGGAGCCGCUGACAGAAUCGCACCUCCCAGACUCGGAGAGGCUGGAACAAAUUUGCUUACAAGUGGCGGAUGGGAUACCUCUGCCUGGGGAUUAAAUUCUGAUACAGAAACUCAAAAUCAGCCAGUAUCAUCUCCUGCUGCAAUCACCAAACCAGUUAGGAGGACUGUGGUAGAUGAAUCAGAUAACUUCUUCAGUGCCUUUCUCUCACCUACGGAUGUUCAGAAUGUACAGCAAAGUUCAGUAGUGUCUAAGCCCCCCACCAAAUCACAAUGGCCCAAGGAAGAAGUGAAAAGCACACUACAAGAUUCUCUUCAUAGUGACUCACUGGAAGCAUCUGUGGAAACUGAAUCAAAAGACUUCUCUGUAAUUGCACUAGUAGAAUUGAAAAAUGUCAGUGAUUCCCAGGAACAGUUAGAAGAAAAUAGCUCAGUGCUUGACUCUGAAGGCAAAAAUGAAGAAGAUGAAACUAAAGUCACUGAUCAAGAGGUGCCUGCUGAGAAUGUCAGUGUAGCAGAAUCUACUGAUGUUAAACCAAAUUCAGGAAGUGAUGGACCUGCACAUAUGCCUGAAAUUCCUGCACAAUCUCUGCCUGCAGAGACAAAGAAUGCAGGUUUGGAAAGUAAAGAACGCAAAAGCGAGGACAGGCAAAGCAAUACACCUUCCCCUCCAGUUAGCACUUUCUCCUCAGGGACAUCCACAACUAGCGAUAUUGAAGUUUUAGAUCAUGAAAGUGUAAUAAGUGAGAGCUCAGUAAGUUCAAGGCAAGAGGCUGCAGAUUCAAAAGCUAGUCUUCAUCUGAUGCAAACGUCCUUUCAGCUUUUAUCAGCAUCUGCUUGCACAGAAUAUAAUCGUCUCGAUGACUUUCAGAAAUUGACUGAGAGUUGCUCCUCCUCUGAUGCAUUUGAAAGGAUAGACUCAUUUAGUGUGCAGUCCCUAGACAGUCGUAGUGUAAGUGAAAUAAACUCAGAUGAUGAACUAACAGGCCGGGGGUGCCUUUCAGCAUCUGUCACCAUCAGCCCUCUAACACCAAAAAAUGAUGCUGUCGACCUUAUUCAAAGCGAAUCUGAUCAAAUUGUCAGUGAGACUCUUGCACUACCCCCGGAGGAAUCAGAAAUGGAGGAAAGUGGACGAAGUGCAACCCCUGUUAACUCUGAACAGCCAGAUGUCUUGGUAGUUCCUAUACGAACUGUUGAAGAACAGACUCCAAAAGAAGAGGUAGUGGUAUUUCGUCAUAGUGCUGACAAGUUGUCCAGUGUAGAGUGUGAAAAGGAAGAGCUUUGCAAGAUAAUUGAUUCGUUGGCAGAGAAGCUGGAGAUGAGGGAAAAUCGGCUAUUAAGUGUCAGUAAAGAGAAGGCAUGCCUUGAAGAAGCUUAUGAUAACCUCAAAGAUGAAAUCUUCAGAAUGAAAGAAGACAGUAGUAGCAUUUCAUCUCUUAAAGAAGAGUUUGCACAGCGAAUAGCGGAUGCAGAGAAAAAGGUCCAGUUAGCAUGCAAAGAGAGAGAUACAGCUAAAAAGGAAGUAAAGACUCUUAAAGAAGAGCUAGCAACUAGAUUGAACAGUAAUGAAACUGCUGAGCUACUAAAAGAGAGAGAUGAACAAAUUAAAGGAUUAAUGGAAGAAGGAGAAAAGCUUUCAAAGCAGCAGUUGCAGAAUUCCAACAUCAUUAAGAAACUGAGAGCAAAAGAGAAAGAAAGAGAAAAUACUAAUACAAAACAGAGUAAAAAGAUCAAGGAAUUAGAAGAGGAAUUACAACUUCUGAAACAGGUAUUGGAUGGCAAGGAGGAAGUUGAAAAACAGCACCGGGAGAGCAUUAAGCAGCUAAAUAGUUUAGUUGAACGGCAGGAGAAGGACCUUAGCAGACUCCAGGUGGAACUGGAGGAUCUUGAGGAAAGGAACCGAAGUGUCCAAGCAGCCCUUGAUAAUGCAUAUAGAGAUCUUGCAGAUCUUCACAAAGCUAAUGCUACAAAGGACAGUGAAGCACAAGAAGCAGCAUUAAGUCAUGAAAGGAAAGCUAAGGAGGAGCUUGCCUUAGCUUUAGAGAAAGCCCAAGAGGAAGCUCAUCAGCAACAAGAAGCUUUAGCAAUUCAGGUGACAGAUUUAAGACUGGCCCUGCAGCGUGCAGAACAGCAAACAGCUAGAAAGGAAGAUUAUUUGCUCCAAGAAAUUGGUGAACUGCAACAGAGACUUCAAGAAGCAGAGACUCGCAAUCAGGAGCUCAGCCAAAGUGUUACCUCUGCUACAAGACCCCUGCUGCGGCAAAUAGAGAACCUACAGGCAACCUUGGGAGCACAGACUACAUCUUGGGAGAAACUAGAGAAAAAUCUUUCUGAUAGGCUGGGAGAAUCUCAAACAGCCCUAGCAGCGCAGGCUGAAAGAGAACGCGCUGCUACAGAAGAACUUCUUUCCAAUAAAAUCCAAUUAUCUGCUACUGAAUCACAGAAUAGUCUCCUCAGGCAAGAAAAUAGCCGCCUUCAAGCUCAGCUAGAAGCAGAGAAAGCCAGGCUCAAGAAGCUAGAAAAUGAAAACAAUCGGUAUGAAGUUGAGUUAGAAAAUCUUAAGGAAGAGUAUGUGAAAACUGUUGAAGAGGCAAAGAAAGAAAAGAUGCUGUUAUCUACUCAGUUAGAAAUGGAGAAAAUGAAAGUAGAACAAGAAAAAAAGAAAGCAAUCUUUGUACAAGAAACAGCAAGAGAAAAGGAGCGUAAAUUAUUCACUCCGUCAGCAACGGAAACAGUCUCAAGUACUCCAAGUCUGUCACGUUCAAGCUCUGUAAGUGGGGUCGAUAUGGCAGGGCUCCAGGCCUCCUUCAUAUCCCAGGAUGAAUCUCAUGAUCAUUCCUUUGGUUCAUUGUCUACAAGUGGGAGUAAUCUCUAUGAUGCAGUGAGAAUGGGAGCAGGUUCAAGUAUUAUUGAAAAUCUGCAGUCGCAGUUAAAAUUACGGGAUGGAGAAAUUUCUCAUCUACAGCUGGAAAUUGGAAACCUUGAAAGAACUCGGUCAAUAAUGGCAGAAGAGCUGGUAAAAUUAACAAAUCAAAAUGAUGACUUGGAAGAAAAGGUAAAAGAGAUACCCAAGCUACGUACACAACUAAGGGAUUUGGAUCAGAGAUAUAAUACCAUUCUCCAGAUGUAUGGUGAGAAAGCAGAAGAGGCCGAAGAACUGAGGUUGGACCUUGAAGAUGUGAAAAACAUGUACAAGACCCAGAUUGAUGAACUUCUAAAACAAAGGCAUAGUUAAUUACUAUUGCAAUUGGAGCUUGAAAAACAAUGUUGCAUUAAACUGUAGGGAAAUGUAUGUAAAUUGAGAUGAAUUAUAAAGAAUCUGUAUUAUAAAGUGAUUAUACUGUAGAGUUCUUACGUUAGAAGAAUCAUUAUGCUUUCAUGGUGGCCAGUUGUUGGCAGUUAAAUUAUUUGUUAAAUAUUUAAAAUAAACUUUAUAUUCGUGGCUUUAUCUUAAUUCAAACUAAAAGGCAGGGUAUCUUAUGUCUGUACAGUAGUACAUAAAUUGACAGAUAAUAUUAACUAAUCAGUCAGCAAGGGAGUUCUUAAUUACAGCUGUUAGGUUAUGUCUGAAGAAUUCCACUGAUAACUAUAUGUUUGAUAUCUUGAUUUUGAUCUAAAUGAAGGAACAGUAUCACUUAUUAAAUACAUUGAUUUCAAGUGACAUUAUUUGAAACUAGACAUGAGUGCUUUUAAUAUGUUAAACAUGAAUUAAUACUUGGAUUUGUACUAUGACACCCUAGCCAAGUAGAGUUAAAUGUUGUGUUGCCCACAAAGGCAGUUGUUCACCUUUGUCCCCAAUUAUUUAGAAUUGUUUUAUAUUUUAAAAAAAUCCAAAUCCCCUCCUAUUUUGUAGACAUUUGGUUCCAUUUCCCCAUGGGGCUGCAUUCCUAAAGCUAAAGGGGUUACUUAGUGUCUUUAAGGGCAUUCAAUUAGAUGAUAAACAAUGUAUUAAUUUUUUGAGGAAGGAAGGGGGAAAGAUGUUUAUUUAUUCACAUUUUGAAACUGCUGCUCCUCUGUUUCCGUGAUCUAAUUCUUUAAGUGUGUGUGGAUGGUCUUUAGUUUAACAGUGGAUUAAAUUGUAGAUGCUUCAGGUUGUCUCCAGUAAUUUAAAAAUGAUUUUUAGAAGGUAACUACCGUAAAAUAGUAAAUAGCACCUUAAGUUGCCUUUCCAGAAAUUCAGCCUAAAUGAGGCACCAAACUUUCAGUGGUAGAUUCACAGAAGGAAUUUGUUUAAAGUACAGUUCUACCUGCUGUGGUUAAAAAGAUUCAUUCCCAUAAAAUUAAUUUUAAACAGCUGUUCUUCAGCUGCUUCUCCUUUUUUAAAAAAAGUUUUCCUAAGAAUUUUGAAGUUUUUAAAUGAACACCAUUUGCUUAUAAAUAGACACAUGAAAUCCACUCUCUGAAAAUAUAUUUGUUAUCAAGUGAUUCUGCUUACUUGCCAAUUUACUGUACAUUCUAUAUAUUAAAACCUGAGAAAUUUCUCCUAAGCCAGUAUAUCUGCAGAGUACUUUGACUUCUCCAGUCAAAAAUGUCCUGCCUGUAAAAAGGGCAAUGACUUGUAUUUCAGGCUGUUGCCGGAGUGGGGAGGCAAGAAAGUCAGGCUCUGUUGGCAGAAACAGAUGCACCUCCAUAAAAUCUCCAGUGGAUCCAAGCCAUAGUGUGGGGUGGGGUGGGGGUGGUUCUACUAUAUGCUAGCUUUUCUGUGUGUGGGAAUUUUUGACUUGGUGAAGCACUUGACCAGAUAAUUCUGACGUGAUACAUCCUGACAGGCCUACACUGGGUGAUUCUUCUGACAGUGGUAAAGAGAAGUUUGUAUUUUUUAGCAUGCAUACAUUCUAACGGAAUUCUUUGGCUCAAAAAAUUAGCAGUUGAUACUGCUAUAUAAAAAGCUUGACUUAUUUGUACCUUCAAAUAUGUGAACAGUUCUUGCAGUUGGCACUCCUCUGUUUGUAUUAGGAACAAUUUCUUUACUAAAAAAUAACCCAAGGCUGGCAUAAUUUUGAAACUUUUGUUCACUCUCAGACACAUACAAUGUAUUUAAAACCAAUGAAAACGCUGAAAAUAUUAGUUUUAGAAUCCAAAUUUGGGUUGUGCCUUGCCAUAUAACCAGCUCUUCAUCAGCAUACUAAUAUCUGACAUUCAGCAA